AUGCUGGUGGAAAAGCUGGUGGCCGACGGGCAACCCGUGCGCAUAUUCGACCUGCCUUUCAUGGACUUCGACGGACUGGAAGACAGAGACGGCAUAGAUAUAGUCAAGGGCGACAUCACGGACGCGGCGCAGGUUGCAGAUGCUCUCAAAGGCGUGAACUCGGUGGUGCAUCUUGCGGCGCUGCUGCCACCGAACAGCGAGCGGGACCGCGAUCGCACAUUCGGGGUGAACGUGGGCGGCACGGAGAACAUCAUCAAGGCGAUGGAAGCGGGCGCGCAGGACGCGACGCUGAUUUUCACAUCGUCCAUCAGCACCUACGGCAACACGAUGGACGAAAAGCCACCGGUGCGCGUUGACCACCCGCAGUCGGCGAUCGACAUCUACGCAGACAGCAAGAUUGUGGGCGAGCGCAUGGUGCGCGAGUCGUCGCUGAACUGGAUUGCGAUGCGGAUAGCGGGCAUUAUGGUGCCGGCGUUUAUGGAGCCGCCAAGCCCGUGGCCGUUCGUUGCCGAGCAGCGCGUGGAGAUGGUGCAUCGGGACGAUGUGGUGGACGCGCUGUUCGCCUCAGUAGGCGCACCCGAAGCCGCAAACAAGGUGCUCAAUAUCGCGGGCGGACCCACGUGGCAGAUGCACGGUGAGGAUUAUGCGCGCGACUUCUACGGCUUCAUGGGGGCGCCGUUCGAGGAUGUGGACUACCGUGAAUCGCCUGGCUGGGUGGACUGGUACGACACCGAGGAAUCGCAGUGUUUGUUGCAGUAUCAGAACAGGUCUUAUCAGCACUACUCGGAUGAGAUGCACGCUAUAGUAGAGGCGUUGAUGGCGGAGUAA